AUGCUCAGAAACCUUCUCCACCUGAUCAGCUCCUGGCCAUACAAGCUGCUGGGCGAGGACGUCAACCCCCUGAGAGGAACUUUCUAUCUCUUCGUGGAAUGGGCGAUCGUGCUGAAAGGGCNGCCCGUGCGCUUCCGAGACUCGCGCUUCCUCUUCAUAGAGGGCGCUGGCGUCGGCAUCGGCGGCCUGUUCUACGUCCGGAGCCACUACAAGGUGGUCCCCUUCCUGGAAAUUGGACAGACGUACUUGACUAUCUUUCUGAGCAUAGUCGCUACGGUGUAUCAACGUAUAAACAGACUCUGCUCAGUCUUUGUUGCUUUCGUCGCUGUAGAAGUAAUAAUAGGAAUAUUUCUGUUCAACUUAAUACCCAUCCUCAAUAACUACAAAAAGGGCAUGUUCAAUCAGGAGCUGCCGGCCAACAAGGUGUUCGAGCAUUCCAUCAACUACUCCCUGCCAUACGUCAACUGCUACACCAACUUGAUCGGGUACAUUGUCAUGACGCUCAUCAAUAUAAUCUGCAGCUGUGACUGCGGCAUAUUUUUCAGCGGCGUUGACGUUUAUAUAGCUGUCAUCGUGUUCCACAUCUGGGGACACUUGAAAAUCCUCGACCAUCGUUUGAGAACCUUCCCGACGCCGGUGCAGAUGCGCGGCCACCAGCCUGGAGAGCCUGGAAAUGAUCUAAUGUAUACUAAGGAAGAAAAUAAGAAAGCUGCAGCUAUGCUUAAGGACAUCAUCGAGUAUCAUGGAAUGAUAAUGCGUUUCAUGACUAAAACAUCCGAGGCAUUUGGACCGACGCUGUGCUUAUACUACUUGUUUUAUCAAGUCAGCGGUUGUAUUCUCCUACUCGAAUGUUCAAGCUUGGACCCAGAAUCUUUGGGAAGGUACGCUGGAUUGACAGUAGCUCUAUUCCAACUUUUGAUCCAGGUUUCGGUAAUUGUGGAACUUCUUGGUACUCAGAGCGAGACCCUAAAGGACGCGGUGUACAGCAUGUCAUGGGAGUGCAUGGACACGAGCAACCGGCGGACGGUGCUGUUCCUGCUUUACAACGUGCAGGAGCCCAUCCGCCUCAAGCCCAUGGGCAUCGUCUCCAUCGGCGUGCAGACGAUGGCCACCGUGUGUAUUUCAAUUUACACUCAUUAA